UGCUUGGGCUAGCAAAAGUAAAACUAAGCAAUUCCUUCUGAGUUAGCAAAAGUUAAACUAAGUGAUGCUAUGUGCAAAUUCUUUUUGAGUUAGCAAAACCAAACGGUGUUAUGGGCCCUUAUAUCCUGUAUUUUUCAACCUAUACCUCAGUGUUGCAGCUUGGCUUUGGCACCUUGCAGCAAAUAAGCGGGCAGGAGGGGUACAAAGGUCGCUGGCUGGGGGGGGAUUAACAGCCAGCUGCUGACAGCCGCUGCUUCCUGUUGGGCUGCAUUCAGCAAACAGAGGUGGUGCGAUCUGCCCUGUGUGUGGAGGAGGUUCCGUCCCCACUGCACUCGCUGGUGCUGGUCUCUGCCAGCAGGUGAGCCCCCUGCGAGGCCCCCUGGGACUGACAUGCCAGCCCAGUGAGGACUCGCUGAGGACCUCUGUGCAGGGAUCAGGGCUGAAGCAACGCUUUGGCAAGAUGUCCUCGAGGCAGCGGUGCAGGAGGGGGCCCUGGACCUUUCCCUGGGGGCCCUAUCCGCGUCAGGCUGGGCCGCUGCCUCCACGUGCUCGUAGCCCCCAGGAUGACUGGUGCGAUCCUCUGUGGGAGCAGCAGCACUGGAGAGCCAGGGGAAGAAUGCAUCUGCCCGGUGCCAGGCAGCCCAGGCCUUUCCCUGGCCCUGCUGAUAUCCUCCAGAAUGAGGAGAAUUGGAUACGGUCCUCCCAGAACCGUGAUGUGCCACCACCUCCCUGGAUGUACAGAGAGGACCAGCAGAGCCAUAAAAUACCACAGCUGCGUCACCGGGACUUCUUGGCCCAGCCUGAGUUCCUCAGCCAGGAGCAGCGUCCUGCUGGAUUCCCAUGGGAGCAAGAAGCCUCCUGGGACAACUGCUUCCCUCGGCGCCACUAUGGCCCACGCCGGAGACGCUACCGACUCCUUCGGCCCAUCCAGCAGGAGACAGCAGACUGCAGCCGUUCUCCCCGCAGCUCCCAAGGCUACCAUCCAUCCUGCAAACCCUCUCGGUCCUGCUCCCCGGAGAGCCAGCCAGGGGUCAGAGAGCAGCUCGCUGCUCCCCAGUCACCUGCUGCCUGCAGAAACAGUCUGCAAAGCCAGCAGCAGGUGGGUGAGGGCCAGCUGGUGGCGAGCAGCGAGGCGCCGCGACAGCCCGGGCAUGCAGAGAAGAGCCCAGAGAAGAGCCCGGGCACUGACCCCCAGGCAGCAGAGCAGGAGCCAGCAGCAGGAGCAAAGCCAGUACGUGUGCACCUCUUUCCCGAGUGCAGAUGGAGAGACUUUCACCCCGGGAGCUGCCCAGCUCGGGGGAUCCGUUCCACCUGUGUCACACCUCACUUCUCUCUCUCACUCUUCACUUUGGUGUCUCUUGGACAGAAGUGGGAGCAGCCUGAUGUUUUCCUGACUUUUCUCUUGGGCUGCGCAUGCCCCAGUUUCCUUUGGGUUUCAGCACUCUGCCUGUCCUGUCUCCCAGCUCAUCCCUGCCUCAUGCUAUUGCGUGUCUGCAGGUUGAGCCCGAAGGAGGAGAGGGAGCUGCAGACAACGAGCAGCUCUGUGCCCUGGAGUUGGAGCCAGUCUCCUCGGAGACAUCCAGCACCAGCGAGGAGGAAGGCUUGGAGCUGGCUGCAGGCUUCCAGGGCUUACCCCGCCCCCCGCGCUCCGCACAUUCGCCCACCGGCAUGGACCUGCGCUCCGCCGCCAUCCUCACCAAGAAGGAGAGCAUCGAGCAGGGCUACCACGACUUCUGCCUCCAAUUUGCCCUGGUGUCCGCGAUGCUGCUGCAGAAGGAGCCCUCCAUGGAGGCACUGCUGAUGAAGGCGCUGAGAGCCAACCUGAGCGAGCUCCGCAACCAACUCCUCAAGGAGCUGCAGGACUUCAUCCAGCACUACGAUGCCAC